GUGCGAAGCCUUAAAAUGCAGCUUCCCCCUCGACGAUUGAUCCUUUAAUCGUGAAACGCAACCGGACUUAGAAACGCCAGAUGCCUCGACCUUGACCUCUGCGCGACACACGGCUUUGUAAUGUCCGGAAUAUUGCUGAUGAUUUCAUGACCCCGUAUGUAGCCAUUGAAGCAAUUAUUUUUUUAAAUAUCACAGCGUAAUUGGGCUGUUUUGGGGGGUUGUCAUGUGGGUGUUUGGCUACGGAUCGCUAAUUUGGAAGGUGGACUUUCCCUACGAGGAGAAGCGAAUCGGUUACGUUAAUGGCUUCAGUCGUCGCUUUUGGCAAGGCAGCACAGACCACCGCGGAGUGCCGGGGAAGCCGGGUCGCGUGGUGACACUGGUGGAGGACCCUGAGGGUCGUGUUUGGGGAGUGGCAUACAAGCUCCCCACGGGCCGGGAGCAGGAAGUGAAGCGCCAACUAGACCACCGGGAAAAGGGCGGCUACCGCGUGAUGGCUGUGGCUUUCAACCCGCGACCGCCACUGACACCGCCACCUUGCCAGACCCUACUUUACAUUGGCUCGCAGGACAACCCCGACUAUCUGGGUCCUGCCCCCUUGGAGGAGAUAGCCAAUCAGAUCGUGGGCUCCACGGGGCCCAGCGGCCAGAACACGGAGUAUCUCUUUCAGCUGGCCGACGCCGUCAGGAACAUCCUGCCCGAGGACAAUGACGCGCACUUGUUUCGCUUGGAGAGGCUCGUACGCCAGAGACUAGAGGAAGACUGCUCCCCCAAAUCAUCAUCCUAAUUAGAACAAAUUCACCAUCAGCCAUACAGCUACGUGUUGUGAAGUGAACUGAAUUGAGUUCACUGUCACGUCUUGCAUUUUUCCUCGGAAGCAAAAAAAAAAAAUCUCUUGAAAUACUUGUUGGGUUACUCAUAUCUCAAGGCACUACUGUAUUAUAUUUGAUUAUCAGUCUCAGGGUUUGCAUGUGUUUUGUAAUGGUGGCAAAUAUAGAGCACACAGUAAAUAAACUACCUGAACGUGUUCUUGAACAAAAGGAAGUGCCGCACCUAACACUUCCAGUGGAGAAAGCGGUGCAAAAACACAAACCGAAAAGAGCAAAAAAAAAAAAAAAAGAUGUGGCUGCCCCCCGAAAGGGUAAUGGAUUGCUAGAAUUCAUUGUGCCACACAUGGGUUGGCAGGGGGAGGGGGUGCGGGGGUUCUUGAGUUAACCAGUGAGUACAAAGUUGAUUUGGCAACAUAAACUGGUCUGAGCACAUAUUUAGAGUUAAGUAAUCACUCAUGUUCCUGUGGGUUUCAACAGGAUGACACAAGUUUGUGAACGGAGCUUUGAGUGUUUGUUCAUACAUGCAAAACAAUAAAUUAGCCUUACCUGGA